AUGUCUAAUGAAGCGGAUUAUGACAUGUGUAUUACUACCGACUUAACCAUUGAAAUUGAUGAGCCAACUACCACAAUUGUUGAAAGUUUUGAGGCGAUAUCAGUUGGCAAGACACUACCCAAGAUAGGCCCUCCAAAAAGUAGAGACGAAGCCCUUGCUCUAUGUAAAAUUGGUGAAGAUGUGGUGAUGGAUGAUUUGCCGAAGAAUAUGAAGGAAGAUCUUUGCUCCCAUCUUAAUCUACCCUCAUAUGGGACUAGUUUACGUAAUUGGGAAACUGUUGCCGCAAAGUUGGGAGGGAAUUUGGAUUUUAUAAUGGGCCUUCGCGCGCUCAAAGAUCCGACUUUGGAGCUGAUCACACGCUACAGAAACUUUAAAGUGAAUGUCGGAGCGCCAACAGAUUCAGCAUGUAGUACGAUGAGCUUUUAUCCGGAUUCAUGUGUAAUCCUCGUCACACAUUACGAGGAAAAGAAAACAAUGGAACGCUGUCCAGGCACUACACGAACUGACGAACAACGAAUAUACCAACAACGGCUCAAGGAAUCGACGGUUUCGCCCUUUGAUCAUGGAGGAAAUGGACCUCAAAUCCUUGCCGAUCGGUUGGAUAACCGCUACCACCCAUUUCCGGUGGGCGGA